CAAUGUAAUCGUGAAAAAUGCAUGUUCUAAUUCCGCAACUAACCUGAACGCAGCAGCUCCGCUUCUGAGCGAAAGAAGGACAUUUGUUUCAAAUUUUCAGUCACAUUCAGAUUCAGGUAUUCAAUAUUUGUCGAAAAUGGCUUCAAUUUCUCCUUCUUCAAGCAAUACUUCGCCGAGUGCUGCUGAUCUGACGAAGCAAUUGAGGCUCCAUGAAGUCGCCAUCGCCGAGCUCAACAACCAGCCUUCUUCCAGAGCUGUGUACCAGAGAGAUGGGAACAUAUUUUUUCGUACAACCAUCCAAACAGCAACUGCAACGGAGCAGAAACAACUUGAAUCAGCCCAAGCGAAGCUAAAAAGUCUGAAUUGAUGGUUUGGGAGUAAUGAAGCAGUUGUAAUAAGGAUAUAUUUUAGUUUGAAACUUCAUUUUUGUAAAUUGUGACCCGAUAGCUUUUGUAAAUUGUGACCUGAUUGUGUGGGCACUUGACGAUCCCAAUAAGACAUUAAUGAAGUCUAAUUGUCGUUAUACCAAAAUAUUGUACGUUUA